ACAUUAUCAUUCUGUUUUAGCCCCGACGCAGUUUGAACCGGGCUUGGAAGUUGUUUGCAAGGUAUACACUGACGGUGAUUUAUAUGAAUGUGAGAUUGAACGUUAGCACCAGGGUGUCAUUGUUGGGUUAAUGUAUAUGGAACGUCUAAGGACAUGCAGAUAUCAAGUUGUCCUUGUCGGAGUAAUGAUAGAUAAAUUAUCGUGAAACUACGUUUCUAGAUGUGCACUUGAGGAUUUCGGGCAGGGCUUCAAUACGGACUCAGGAGCCUUAACCACGUGACAUAAGUAUAAAUCGACGUCAUCACCUUGCACACCCGAUAACAUUGUCAAUAUCGCUGAACACAACGUUGCCGGGUAGUACAUGCAUCCUUUCAUCUUCAGCCCCAGCUUGCAUCCGCUGCCAUAACCGCCAUGACGAAGGACAAGUCCCAGCACUUCUGUAGCACCGUCAAAUGUCAGUGCUUAGUGUUCCUGCUGACGGCGGGAUGUAUCGCCGCUGCCGUGUGCGUAGCCCUUCUGUCGACGGCGGUGAGGGGACGCAUGCCGCCGGACAUGGAGUGGUGGCAGACGACGAUAAUCUAUCAGAUCUACCCUCGUUCCUUCAUGGACUCUAACAACGACGGGAUCGGUGACAUCAGAGGCAUCAUCAGCAAGCUGGACCAUUUCACUUAUCUCAAUGUCAAGGCCAUCUGGAUCAGCCCUGUCUAUGAAUCUCCCAUGAAAGAUUUCGGCUACGACAUCAGCAACUUCACCAACGUCGCCCCCAUCUUCGGCAAUCUCACCGACAUGGCAAAUCUCAUAGAAGAGGCACACAAGAGAGGUUUGAAGGUGAUCUUAGACUUCGUCCCCAACCACUCCAGCAACCUCCAUAUGUGGUUCAACGAGAGCGUGAAGGGGACCCCACGUUAUAAAGACUACUAUGUCUGGAGGGACGGGAUUGCGGGUCCCAAUGGAACACACUCGCCGCCAAAUAACUGGCUCUCUGUCUUCAAGAACUCCGCCUGGGAGUGGAAUGAAGAGAGGAAACAAUAUUACUACCACGCCUUCCUGAAGGAGCAGCCCGACCUCAAUUACAGAAACCCGGCCCUUGUUGAAGAAAUGCAGAAUGCCUUGCGCUUCUGGCUGGAACGGGGUGUGGAUGGGUUUAGGAUAGACGCCCUGCCUUUCUUGUUUGAGGUGACCAAUACCUCCUGGAACGAACCCUUGAGCAACAGGACAGAUUUAGACCCUACACAAUACGACUACCUCACGCACCCCUACACGCAGAACUUGAUGGAUGAUAUGUACAAAGUGUUGGCUGGCUGGAGAGACGUGUUGGACGAGUACGAGAACUUGGACGAUAAGCGUAGGUUCAUGGUUGUAGAGGCCUACACAAAGACGACGGCUGAGAGAAUUGCGUGGUACAAGUCUGCGGCUGACAUGCCCUUCUAUUUCGGCCUCCUCAACAUCAACAAGGCCUGUGGUGGCUCCUGCAUCCGCGACAUCGUCGACGAGGCAUAUAAGGACCUGCCCGCAAACGCUUGGGCCAACUUUGUUUUUGGUAACCAUGACAACCGGCGUGUCUCGACGAAGAAGGGCCCUGAGUUUGUCAAUGCCCUCAACAUGUUGCUGCUGACGUUGAAGGGGACUCCGACCACGUAUUACGGCGAGGAAAUCGGUAUGCUGGACGUGAACAUAACCUACAAUCAGUCAGUCGACCCUCAGGGCAAGGUUUACAACGAGUCAGUGUUUUUGAAGUAUUCCCGAGACCCUGAGCGCUCUCCGAUGCAAUGGAGUAACGACACGAUGGCCGGCUUCACCAACUCUACCACAUCAUGGCUCCCUGUUGGCAGCAACUACCGCACCAUCAACGUGGAGACUGAGAAGGACGCGGAGGGCUUCAGCACUAUCAAAUUGUACCGCACCCUGGCUAAACUACGGGAAGAACCACCCUUCAAAUACGGGCUAUUCAAGACCGCCGUGGUCAACAACAACACCUACUCCUACCUACGUCACGCCAUGGACUUCCCCCAGUACCUCAUUGCCAUCAACUUCGGUUCCAGCACGGACACCAGCGACUACACUAAAGCCCCGGUGAACGCUGAGAAGGGCGUGGUUGUCGCCAAUACCGGAAACGUCAACGCUACGUACAACGUCAACAGCAACGUCGAUCUAUCUCGAAUCACACUCAACUCUGCUGAAGGACUUGUUAUAAAAAUCAUAAACGCCCCAUAACAAAAGCUAAUCCUGAUUCAUUUAACCAUGUCAUUAGUUAGAGUUUAUAGUCAGAAGUCAACACGUGCCACACUCCAACUUAGCAUAACACCACUGCCACAGGUUAAUUUGCAUAUCACGUGACCGGAUAUUUUUUUUUAAAACAAACACGCUUAAUCUAAGAUUAGAACAGAUGAGCCUAAUGCAAGUAUUUUGGGGGGCUAUACAUCUUGUUUUGUACAAUUAUAAAGAUAUGCUACUACAACUGCGCCAGUGAGGUGCAUGGCAUUAUAUAUUCAUACAUCAAAGUGACAGGGGUGCCAUUGUACAAAGCGAUCUUAGCGCUAAGGUGGUCGUAACUCCCAUACCUUAACAUAGACUUUCGACAGUCUUAGCGCUAAGGUUGAGAUGACAGGACGUAUAGGACCGUACAACCAAUGUAAACAAAGGAUAACUAUGCAAAUGGAAAUAGUUUUUCACGUUUUAGGAUAUUUUCUCAAUGAAACUUAACCAUUUCAUGACAUUUGUUUAUCUAGAUGUGUAGACUUGUCAAAAAUGAAACGGAUGAAAAACAUAUGUAAUUUGUAAGAUGUGACGAAUGGUCACAUGGCGUUGGCCUGCGGCAGAGGUACUAUGCUGAGCAUAUGGAACUCUGGGUAGGAGAGUGCACACUUGUAUAGCAUGUUAAUUGUGUUAAUUCGUUUAUUCAUUUCUUAUUCAAGUUAACUUUCACAAGGAAUAAUGUUUUCUAUAAAAAAUCAAGAGGUCAACUGCCUUGGCUUUGGCUUUGGCUUUGGCAACUUUUGAGAUAUAAAUAGCAGGAUCAAUUUCCAUAUCUGCGCUUGUAGAACCUUUUCCCCAAAACAGUUGGAUUUGGCCGAAAUAUGUCCGAAUUGUUAUCUUGUUUCCUACAUCUGACUGUACAUCGUAACGUUAUAUGACAGGACAAGCAGACUCUAAACAAACGUGACGUCUCUUAGACUAGGGUUAGAGUAGCCUCCCUUUGAUAUAGGGCAGUUACUCUAGCGGACAGACCGAUGGAUUGCGCGAAAGGCAAGUAGAAACAAUUUGUGUAGGCAAUUGUAGUAACAAUUUGUGUAGGCAAUUGUAGUAACAAUUUGUGUAGGCUAUUGUUGUCUUGCCUUUUUGUAGUUACGUCACUGUUGAGAAACAGGUUUCUGUUGGAACUUUAUUGACUGUUGUCACUGUCCGACUGACACAUCACUUACCUUCUGACGUAAUAUAUAUUAAUGCGAAUAUUCCAGGAAAACUAACAAUGUUUAGGUAUAUAGUUUGUGAGAGAUAUCCUGUUUUAGGAAUAAACACUAUGUAUUUAG